CACAAAGAAAAUCGUUAAAAUGUUAAAUAAAUCAGGCUCUCUGCAUCCACAUCGCGCACCACGGAAGUCUCACCUUCGCCGCCGCCGCGCCGUGCCGUGACGCGGAGCUAGCCCGUCCCCGCUCCCCACAGGGAUUCCCAUCUCCUCUCCGCUCAGGUUUUGUUCACCAUGGCCCGCUUGUAUGUUGGCAACUUGGAUGCCCGAGUGACUGCUGGGGAACUUGAAGAUGAGUUUCGUGUGUUUGGAGCUCUGCGAAGUGUCUGGGUUGCACGUAAGCCACCUGGUUUUGCAUUUAUUGAUUUUGAUGACAAGAGGGAUGCUGAGGAUGCACUUCGUGAUCUAGACGGCAAGAAUGGAUGGAGGGUUGAGCUAUCUCGUAACUCCAGUGGCCGUGGUGGUGGUCGUGAUGGUGGUGGUGGUGGUCGUGAUCGUCAUGGUGGAUCUGAGAGCAAGUGCUAUGAAUGUGGAGAAUCUGGCCACUUUGCUCGUGAAUGUCGUCUGCGUAUUGGUGCUGGGGGUCUGGGCAGCGGAAGGCGUCGCAGCAGGAGCCGCAGCCGCAGCCCGAGAAACCGCAGGAGUCCGAGCUAUGGUAGAAGAAGCUACAGCCCUCGCGAUCGCUCUCCAAGACGCCGAAGUGUUUCGCCAGCCCGUGGGCGCAGCUAUAGCAAGUCGCCAACGUACAACCGUGGCCGUGAUGAUUCUCCUGAUGCUAAAGGAAAUGAUGGUACCAGGUAUCGCCGCAGCAGGAGUUAGACCUGAAGACUGUUUCCGACUCAUGUUCUUGAGAGAACUUAAUCUUUGGUCUGCCUGCUAGGAAUACUAAGACCUGGCGUCAACUUCUUGACUCCGGUUAAGGUUUCAACUUUAUCUUUCAUGCUUAUUUCUGAUUCUGUCAUUAAAGAACUUAUGGGAUGGAUGUAGUAUGCGACUGAAACCUGUCACCUUUCUUCUGUGUGUUAAGAAGGCAUCGUUCUGCACUUCUGCUUAAACGACUCAGCCAACUACGGCUCUCAGUUGUUAUCUUCAUGGUUUUGUUCUUCACUCUUCCUGCGCCCUUACUGCUUCGUGUAAAGUUGCGAGCAGAUGAGAAUCUUCCACUAGUCCCUGCCUGCAAUGCCUCGUCCUGACUGUGACACUCUUCGUUGAAGAUGCUGCCUCGUCAUAAAUUAAACCAGGAGUCAGCAAGGUAUUAUUAUGCACUACUUGAGCGAAACUAAAUCUGCAUCUCGUUCAUUGGGAUGUGAUGGGCCUUCGGCUGCAGUCUGCAGUUGAGCAUCAAGGAAUUUGAUGAGCCAGCUUCAGCAAGAGUCAUAGCCCACUUAAACAGUUUUUGGGACUUCACCCUUCGCUCUAUUCUUCAGCGGUUUUAUUCAUCACAUUCUGCGUGCUUCAUUUGCUAUCUACGACAAAAAUGAGUAUAAUUCUCGCCUGUUGCUGCCUGCACUGCACUGCAUAAUACCUGCUGCUGCCUUCACUACAUAGUCUCCACAUCGGAAUUUCUUCUUGCCAUCUCUUUACACCGCGUUCCUCCGGCCAUCAGACAAAAUGGGUGACUUCUUGCUUUCUGCUCAUGCUUUAUUAACCUGCACAUCAAGUUACUUGUACCCAAUUCGCUUUUUUAGAUGAAACUACUGUGUACUGGUCAUUCAAUAUAUGUGUACUUUGUAGACCUUUUUUGCCCUAAACAUCCAAUGAUAAAUUCCAUGAGAUAUAAAAUGUAAUCAAAA